UCUUCCCCUUUCUUUUGGGUUCUACACUAACUAUACUACAGCGCGGCAUCUCAAAUGCCACGGCCCUCCAGAGAAAUGCCAGCGCUGCCAGUCCCUAUCUCUGGAUUGUCAUCGGCCUCGUCCCGUCCAUUUCCGGUCAUCGUCGAAUCUCCGGUUCUCACAAGACCAAGUUUGGUUGCCGGCGGUAUCUGGUUCUCUCGGGAGGGGAAGGUCUGCUGCCCGAUGGCGUUGGGUCGAUGAGACGCACGACGUCAUGGCCAAUACCUGGGUCAAUCAGGACGAGCAUAAUGAUAACGACAUCAUUGAUAGUCCUGCGGAUAAUGACGGGUCGCCGAUUCCCCCGGAAAUUGACCCUCAACACCCGUGUCGUCCUUCCUCUCGUGAACAAAGAAACCCGACUCACGCAGAGCCCGAUCCCAGUCCAAGUGUUGAUCACGGCCGCCUAACGGCCAUCCUAUUGCGGUACUUCACCGAGGAGGUGGCGGCCCGGUUUGAUCUAUGUGAUCCGGAGCGCCAUUUUACCCAACUGGUGCCUCGCCGCGCGCGAGCCUGUGCGCCGCUCCGUCAUGCAAUCCUCACCACGGCUGCCCGCCAUUUGAUUCGGCUGCAGCGUCAUCGCAAUACAGCCGGUGUGGUGGAAUGGCAAGGCCAUGCAUUGCCCGACCUCACAGAGGCCGUCGCCUUGGCAUAUCAUACGGCCUGCAUUACGGACCUGUUGGCUCUUAGUAUGGAUCCGGACCAGAUUCACAAUGAUAACCUGUUGGCGGCCGCCAUUAUCUUACGGACCGACGAGGAAAUGGACGCUCCGUUGCGGGAGAACCCGGAGGAUCAGGAGGUGUUUCUGCGCAUGUUGAAUGUUUUUAUCUCGGCCCAGGUGCCUCAUGAUGCUGCGCUUCCCCAUAGUAGUAGUCCCAGUAGUAAUUGUUCAUCAGACCCUCCUAAUGGUCUGCGACAAGCGGCAUUUUGGGUGGCUUUGCGUCAGGAGGUUUUUACCUCCUUUAUGAAGCAACGCCCUCUCUCCUUUCCCCUGUCUUAUUGCGAUGCGUUUCGGACACUGUCUCCCGCAACGGACGCCGUCUGGGCCGACCGGCUGAUUAUCUUCUGUGCCGAUGUGCUCGAGUACUGCUACGGCAGUCAGGAUGUUGCACCUGCAUCCCAGUCGGCAUCUCCCCAUCGGUGGCACGAACUAGUCACCUACCAGGAUCAACUUCAUGCCUGUCUCCCGGCCUCGUUUGAACCUCUUUACGUCCGUCCCCCGGACCCGGAUCGUGGACAGGUCUUUCCGGAGAUCUGGCAUCUCGAUCCUUGUCAUGUUACUGGUAUGACUCACAGAGAGCUGUCCCGGUUGCUGCUGCUCGUUUUUGAUCCAACGCGACCGCGACUUGGGCCUGGGUCUACUGCUCAGCAUCGCGUGAUCGUAGACAGUGUGCGAGCAAUCGUCCUGCGACUGUGCGGAAUGGCGUUGAGCAACAGGCAGUCUGCGCCGACAUUCAUCGAGGCCUUGAUGGGAAUCACGACUUGUGGAGAGUAUUUCGAGCUGCCGAAAGAGCAGAAGGCACUUCUGGGGGUGUUGGAGGUAAUGCGCUUGGAGCAUGCAUUUCCGACUCAGCGAGUGGAGGACCGAUUAACGGUUGCAUGGCAAUGACUACUGUACUCUACUACUAUUAGGACUGUAUAUGUAUCACUAUUUUGUAUGUUCUAGAUAGCAUCUCAUAGCACUAUACGGAGUAAAUAUUCAUAUUUAGCAUAAUUUGGUUACAAGACGGGCAAAAUCACCCCGGACCUCACCCCUAUUUGGAAUGAUCCAUGUUUCUGUACUGCG